AUGACUAUGAGAAUAAGAAUUAUAGCCGAUUCUAUCAAGAAUAAAAGGGUGCUGCUUCUCACUUAUGAAGUAUCUGCUCAAGAAACGAUAAACUUCAAUAUUGGCUCAUUUGACGAUAAUAUUGCUGGUGCUAAUUCACUCAAUGGAAACGCUAAUUCGGUGAGUCAAAAUGGAGGAUUUUAUGGUGGAGGAGGUAUGGGUGGUGGAUACUAUCCCGGCGGAUUUGGUGGUUCGCUCGCUGGUACAGCACAAGUACUAGCUUAUGAUGUUGGUCAAGAUUUAAGAAUGCUUAUGGGUGGCUAA